AUGCCGGAUAUGAAGUACGUAAGCUCCAGCGGUCGGGCCCAAAGUGAGAGCCAAGAAGGGAGCAAGAACAAAAAGCAAGGAUGCAGUUGCUCGCUGUUUCCCUCUGGGCCAGAUGUCAGCAACUAUUCCUCCUCCAACAGCGAUACCCACCGAGCAGAAAAAGCCACUGAAGAACUGACAAAUAAGAAGUAUUGCAAAACCUUUAGCAGCUGCUGCCCCCGCGGAAAACGCAAGCACGAAAGAAAUAGCCGGUAUGUAAACCCAUCGUCAACCGUAGUCUUCAGAAAUUGGCGCCAGCACAAGAGGCCCAGUGGCAAGCCCAAGCAUAACCGAUGCUCCGAAAGUGCUAUUGAUGCUUAG